AUGUCUGAAUUAGCUCUGAACAGCAAAUUACCUCAGGAACAAGUAGAUAUUUCUAUCGAAAACAUGAAAAAAGGUUUUGCUUCGGGACCUCUAGACAGCUACAGGAGGCAGGCGUCUUUCGACUGGUUUGAGAUGAAAGUGUUUGUAGAGGGUGGAGAGGAUGUCGUUGAAUUUAAAAAUAAUAUCUGGAACACGUUGGCAAAGGAUCCACUCUUUGAUAGAGCAAACGAUAGCAAACUGUCCUUUGGUGAACGCCGUAGACUCACUAUGAAGAGAUGUACCAAGCUGGCUGAGUACAACUUUGUGACUGAUGAUGAUGUAAUGGCUAAUCCUUUCUUUGCUCAGGCAUUCACCGAUGCGAUAGGGUCUUUUGAUUGGAGUUUGUCUACCAAAUAUUUACUGAACAGAACGGUGAGUGAGAAAUUGGUCAAGCCUGUAGUUACCAUCAUUUAUUGGAUUGGGGAGAGUAGAAUAGCCUGGAGGGGGAGGGGGGGGGGGGUGGGUACUCCUGGGGAUUCUUGGUGGGGGUGUGGUUCUCCAAAUCCUGACCUGAUUUCAGACCAAAAAAUGUAAUUUUCCACACCCGUUUUCAGACCAGACCGCUUAUAUCCACACCCAUUUUCAGACCUGGCCUUUAGGCAGAAAUUAUGUUAUCAUUACUUGGAGGGCAAACAAACAAAUUCAUUAAAUCGAUUUUGAAUUUGCAUAUUUCUCUUUCUUUCUUACUCAUUUGGUAUUGAAACGAUAAAUGCGUUCAUACUCUCCCGUAAUUCCCCCAAAAACCAUACCCGAUUCAUGACCACAAUGGGUAAAGUGUAUACCCGUUUUCAGACAAAAACGGCACAAAAACCCUACCCGAUGGGGCGGCACAUACCUAUAUAGCUUACACAAGGGAGUAUCCCCCCGGGAGAAAUAGCAACCAUUUGGUAGGUGUUAGGGUGAAAAAGAAGGCGAGAGAGCGAAGGGAAGAAGAAAAAUACAGUAUUUCUCUUCCCUCUCCCCACCCCCAAGCCCUUUUUGAAUUUCUCCAACUCACCAAUGGGUCCAUGUGGUGGUCGUGCAAGCGGAAACAUUUCUACACCCAAAGAAAAUGCCUCCAAUGCAGGCUAGCCUGUCAAUCAACCUUUAAGCAUGUUAAGAAAUCACCUUUCAGGGGCACCCAACGACUGUUUUCUGUAAAAUAUCUGUUCGGAGAAGCAAAUAUUACCUAGAAUUUUCUAUGACUUGAGAAUGGCUAAAAUGGAAAAAUGAAUGACAAUUUUUGAUGGCAAAUUUUUCUUUUAACUGUCAUUCCAAAAAUAGUCUAACUUUCAGCUGUCAGAUAGCUCUAUUUUCAUUGUUGUCUAGGUGGAAACAUUUCUUUCAGGCCUCUUUUUCUGCAGUAAGUUGUAUCAUUUCCUUAUCUCCUUGUAGAUGUUUGGUCGUCUGAUAAAAACAUCAAGUACACAUGAACACAUCCGAGACCUUGGGGAGAAAGCUGCAAGGCAAAAGGUAUUCAUAAUUUAAACUUUUCACUAUAAUUGAUGUUGUAAAUCAAAAUGAAAUAUAGUGAAAAUUGUUGACGCCUAGGUUAAAUCUCACUUUCCUUUGUUUCCUAACCCUUAUAAUAAUUACUAUUCAUGAUCAUACAUACAUACGGUACAAUACAUACAUAACAUUUAUUUUAACUUGAAUAGAGUAGCUACAAAUAGUUCAUGUCUUUGAUGUUAAAAUCAUUGCAGCCAUGAAUAAUUAGGGCUAGAAACAACCUAGGUUGUAACCAUUUUGACCAUGACCUACAAUGUUGAUAGUAUUUAGAGGCAGUUUUUUACUCAACAGGUACAUUCAUAGUAGUAAUCUAUUAAUUAUUUAUUUAAUACGUCACAUAAUCUUUGACAAAUAUGUUUUUUAAUAAAUUGACCUGCAGAUCUUUGGUUGUUUUGCACUGACUGAAUUAACCCAUGGAAGUAACACCAAAGGAGUUCAAACCACAGCAACCUAUGACCCUUCAACACAAGUAAGUAUCAAAACUCAUGCAGCCAUAUGCAAAAUGUGACACACAAAACAGAAAAAAAAACAUUCUUAUUCCUUCACAUAUUUAGGGGGCAAGGGUGGGAUGGUGGGAGGAGGAGCAAUAGGUUUCUUGAUUUUUUCAAAAAGUUCAGAAACUAAGAAAUCAAAGAACCAAUUACAUCACUUCAGCAAAUGUGUAGAAUGGUCAGAGGGGGCGUUAUCCAUUAAUUUUUUAAUUGUUUGUUUUUGUUUGUCGACAGGAGUUUGUUUUACAUACACCCAACUUCGAAGCAACAAAAUGUUGGGUUGGAAAUCUGGGAAACACAGCCACCCAUGCUGUUGUGUAUGCUCAGCUUUACACCCACGAUGGAAAAUGUCAUGGUCUUCACUCUUUUGUGGUUCAAGUCCGUAGCACCGCCAAUCUCUCACCAAUGCCUGGUGUGACUGUGGGAGAUCUAGGAGAAAAACUUGGUCAGAAUGGCCUGGAUAAUGGGUUAGCAUGUGGCACAGUACAGUUCUGAUUUCUCGAAUCCCUUCUAAUUGAAAUCAAUACUUACUUCCCAGAGCACUAAAACAUAGUACAUGAUUUUAGCCUUAUUUCCUUUUCCCUUGGAGGUUGCAAAAAUACAAAUCAGGGCCCAGUUGUUUGAAGGCCGAUUAUCACUUAACCCAGGGUUAAAUUUAACCCGAGUUUCUUUUUCUUGUGUUCAAAAGCAUUUUCUCAGAUAAUUUUGUCUGUUAUUUUUAGAGCUUCCAAUCAUCAACCAGUAGACAAAGAGAAUUAAAACUGAAAUGCUUUUUAAGCUUUCAAAUCUAAAUUUAAAUCUCACACUAACCCUGGGUUACCUUAACGCAGCUUUGGACAACUCGGCCCCGGAUUCCAAAAGCACUAUCCUGUAUAAUAAUUUAAUUUUGAAACAACCAUGCAGUUGUUCAACAGGAAAACCUGAUGGAAUAGUCAUUCUUCAAAAGUUUCUAGUUUUGUAAAAAGCUUUAAAGCACCACAGAUACAUGAAAACAAAUCUAAUUCACCCCAUUAAGAUGGCAGUCUUACAAGAUGCAACCUCCUUAGUCGGGCAUUAUGAGUAUAAUCACUUGACACCCAGCCAGUAUAUUAAGAAAGGGAGAGUUUCAAAUAUAUUUCAGACCCUGUUCUUGUUUUAACUGGAGUAAUCGCACUACUGCUUUUUUUUACAGUAGUGUUAUUAUGGGGAGAGUCAAGUUGCAUUGUUACCAUAACAAUGUGGUUAUUAGCAGACCGUGUGUCUGAGGGGGAUUAUAGAGACCGAUAAGUUUAGGAGUGAUUGAAGAGUAUAAUAACAUAUUUCUUUUCUUUUGUCAGUUUUGUGUCAUUCAACCAUGUUCGAAUUCCACGGGAGAACUUACUGAAUAGGACAGCUGAUGUCACACCAGCGGGAAAGUACGUGACACCUUACAAAGACCCAAACAAGAGAUUUGGUGCCUCCCUAGGUGCACUAUCUGGUGGACGAGUAGGGAUUACCAGUAUGAGUGUUGUCAAUCUGCGAUCCUGUAUACCCAUUGCAAUAAGGUAUAGCAAUAUAUAUAUAUAUAUAUAUAUAUAUAUAUAUAUAUAUAUAUAUAUAUAUAUAGCAAUGAAUGCAACUAUGUAAUUAAAUCAAUAAAAAUGUAAUUAAUUUGUCAGUUACACACAGAGGCAUAGCAUAAAAUCGAAAUUAAAAAGUUUAGUGGGCAUAAAUUUUACUAACCAAACUAUAAAGUCUAUUAUCCAAGAAUCUGUUCUUGAAAUAACAAACUGGGGCAAACUAAUGAAUGGAUGGACUGUUGAGGUAUCUUUUAGAACAAUAAAUUGAUCAAGAUAGAACACAAUGUUAUGCAAAAGAGAAACAGAUGUAAGAUUUUCAAUGACAUAAAUUUUUACUAACCCGGGAUAGUAGGCUCAUUUUUUCAAAUGUAAAAUCUACUAACCAAAGUUAAUUUCGAGCCCUUUGUAAACAAAGUUUUCUUUGUACAGAGCAAAGAUGACAACUUGAUGGCUAUUUUCAAAUACGUGUCAGGGAAACAGUUUAAACUACUGAGUUUCACAAAGCCAAAAUGUUGACUAAGUAAACCCUUCUUUUUCAGUCAUGCUCUGUCUAACCAUUUUCAUCUCUUUCUUUCUUGAUAUGUAUUUGUAAGUUACAGAACUUGUUUGGAUGCACCAUAAUUGCUUGGAUGCACCGUAAUUUAACCAAAAAAAAAACAGUUUACACUGUAGAAGAUGUUGCCAGAUUUGCCACAAAUUCAGUAAAUUUGGUACCAGAUUUGUGCUGCAUGAAAUCUGAAAUAAAAAUGUCCUGGCUGUAAUAUUGGUUGCAUUUGUGAGGAUUUUGAAUCUGGAAUCUGAAGCAAAUACUUUUUAUCUGAAUGAUGUUGUUGUAAUAAUAGUACUGAUGUGUGUAAAUCCUUGAAAAACCAAAUAACCUUAAUGGUAUGAAGCCAGAAAAAUUUCCUCUUGCAUAAAUGUAGCCUUACAGUACAGACAAUUAACAUAUUAGGGAGAUGUACAUGUACGUUUUAUUUGUUGUUAUUUUUAGGUACUCUGCUGUACGAAGGCAGUUUGGUCCACCUGGAAAAGAUGAGAUUCCAGUCUUGGAAUACCAAAUGCAGGUUUGUUUCUCUCUGGACAUGUUGUCAAUAAUUUAUACCAAAAAUUGCCUCUUCAAUGUUACUCGCACUAUGCAGUUCACCUCGUAUGUUAUGAGAAUCAUGUACCGCGCGAGACGAUUCUUGUUGCGCAGGAAAUGAGACGCGACUGGUAACUUACUUUUGAGCAGUACUGUACAGCAUGGCUAAGUAGUACCUCUGCCUGUAUGGAAUUGGCAUCAAAUGAGGUUCCAGUCCUUGGGUACUAAAAUAUACAUCAUCAUGCAUAUUCUCCAUAGUCUGCACUACGUAUUCAAAUGUACAAUUUUGUCUCAGAAGCCUUUUAACUGGUGAUUGUAGAUGUAUUCUUUAUUCCCAUGGUGUUUAAUUGAGCAGUGACACUCCAAGAUUAAUUAACCCUUUAAAUUCCAACAGUGACCAACAACAAUUUUCUCCUAACAAUACCCAUACACUGUCAAGAGAUAGAGUUAUGAGAAUUAAUAAAAUGAUUGCCAUAGAAAAAUUUCCAUGAUCUUUUAUCAAAUUCUCUCAACUAAUUCUUAAAGGAAAUGUAUUGAGAUCUGUUUGGAGAAUUUGUAUGUGGAUAUUGGGUCUUAAAGGGUUAAUGAGAUUCUGGUCAGGACUGAAAGGGUUGAUUUGCAAGACAAAUUCUCUAUUGCAUCUAAUUCCUCCCCUCCCAACCGGGAAAUAUUUCAGAUGUAUAGCACAUGAAAGGUCUCCUUUGGGACAUUCCUGAGUUGAAGUCCUAGUUUCUCUACUUGUAACACUGUUUAACUUCAAAUGGAUGGAAUGAUCUUUCCCAAACAAUUCAGUUUACAGCAGUUAUGAUUAUGCAUAUUUAUAUAACUUCAACUUAAAUUUCUGUAACUGAAAAAAAAAUAUCUCCUUUUCGCUUUUCAUGGUACCAGAUUUUUAUUUCUUUUCUUAUCAGCAAUGGCGACUUAUUCCUAAGCUAGCAGCAACUUAUGCUCUGGCCUACUUUGCAAGGACUUUCUUUUUGAACUUUGUGGAAAUGGAAAUUGGCGCAAUGAUGGGAGAAAAAGGUGAGGCUCAGGUAAGAAAUGAUAAAUUUAUGAAUAAUUUAUUAUUGUUAUUGUUAUUUUAUUAACCAUAAAUAAUAACUACAGUUGAGCCAGGUCAAGGAAAGGUACCCUCCAAGAUUCCUUUAAUAAAUUUAUUAUUUGAAAGGUGAGCCUGCCAUUAGUUGUAGAUUUCAGAUUCAUCUCUGCAUUCCUGCAUUCACAAUGAGCAAUGAAUUGACAUGCGAGGUAGUUGAGAAAAUUGUGACAGCUCAGUUUUCUUGAAUUUGAAAAAAAUGUCUGCGGAGCUUAUUUUUAUCCAUUCAAAGAUUUUUCCUUCUACAGUAGAACCUCAAUAUAAUGAAGAGCCAAAAUAUGUUCGCUGUAAUGAAUGUCAAGGUUCUUUUCCAUAAAUUUAACCAUUAUUGGGGCGAAGAAUUUAGUUCACUGUCACCAAGAAAUUGAAGCCAAAAAUUCACUGUUCAUUAUGCAUGCGGAAUGCAGAUUUGAAUUUAAUAAUAAUAAUAAGUCUGGUUUAUUAAUAAAAUCGUCGUGCUUAGUAAUAAGCGAAUUGCAAAAUUAUUUUACAAAGAUAUAGAUAUUUAUUACAUCCACUUUGAAAUCACUGGCUAUCUGUGCAAUCUGAUUGGCUCUCAGCGGUGUGAUUUAUUCCUAAAUCGCACCAUUUUUUGCUCUAAAUUGCAUCUGUUCCGAAUCGUGUCAUUCAUGUUCUAAAUCGCAUCAUUUCUGUUUUAAAUCGCACCAUUUUUGUUCUAUAUCGUAUCAUUUCUGUUUGGAAUACAAAAUGAGAUGUAAAAGCCUUUUUGUUUCGGCUUUUUAACAAACCGGCUACUUGAUCAAUAAAAUAUUAGUACUGACUAAAUUCUGCGAUUUCAAAAUGGAAGUAAUAAAGUGGUAAUUGAACUUCGUGUCGUGCAAUUUUGGUCUGAAAUCAUACUUGUGAUUUCGAAUCGAAGAUUAUGAAAUCCCGCGUAUGAUUUCAGACCAAAUUGCACUGCACUCAGUUCAAUUACCAUUAUCAAUAAAAAAAAAUUAAUUUUAACUAAUUAAUUAUUACAUCAUGUUCAAAAUGGACUGGGCCUUACAAUUUAUUAUGAGAAGAUAUAAGAAAAUAAAUUAGAUAAAAAACUAGAAACUAGAAAUAUAUAUCAAGUUAUACAUUAAAUUCCCAUACAUGCCAUGAGCAUAAAGGCACAUCGCUGGAAAAAAGCUUAGUUUAAAGCGUUCAGUUUUGCAACUUAUAAGGGAUGGUUUUGAUGACUGUAACGGAUUCAUUUUUCAUGCUUGACCUGGCGUAAUUGGCUUGACCUGGCCUAACUGUAAAAGAUAAAAUAAUUUACACUGUAAAUAUUAUUAUUAUUAUUUCUAUGCAUCAGGCUGCUUUGGGAAGAGAAAUCCAUGCCCUGUCAUCAGCAAGCAAACCUCUGGCAGGUUGGAUGGCCCAGAGUGCUAUUCAAGAAUGUCGAGAGGCUUGCGGAGGCCAUGGUUACCUUGCAAGUAAGACACUAUUGUUGUUUUAGUAACACAUUUUACCAUUACUUAUCAAAAAUGAUUAAAUACAGUAAAAUAUACUGUUAAUUAUCCUUAUUAAAAGUUUAUUUUCUAUGACGUUUACUUUGAUCAUAUGUUUUUUUUGUGGUUGUUGUUGUUUUAUUGAAUUUGUAUUAUUGCUGGAGAACAAAACUUUGUGUUCAUGUUGUACUUUGACAUUCCAUAGAACACUUGAAUGAUUGCUGAUGGUUUCUCUUAAUAAGUUAUUAAUUUUGUACAGUGCUAGAAGAAUAGGGAAGAUUUUUUGUAUGCUGUAAAAGUUCCAUUUUUUUCCACAGUUAAUAGGUUUGGUGAAUUAAGAGAUGAUAAUGAUCCAAACUGCACGUAUGAAGGAGACAACAACAUGCUUUUGGGGCAAACCAGCAACUAUUUGCUGUCUCUUUUAGAAGCCAAAGAAAAAGGUAUUCUCUGCGCUCUGUGUCAGUGUUGUGUUUCUUAAUUUUGAAUUCUUUUCUGUCCUUUUCCCCUCUCUUCGCUGCAGCAGAGUUAGUUCAGAUGGUAUUCUUAAGUGGCUUGUAAUUUAACAGUAAAUGUUACUGGCAGAAUAGUAGCAACAGAUGUAGAAAAUAGUAAAACUAAAUAAAAAUGAAUGUCUGAUACCUUAAGUUUGAAUUAAUGUGCACUGAGGUCUUAAAAACUAAGAAUUGUGUCAUUGAAAGCCCUUGAAAAAUUCUUUGUCCAUAAAAGAGUACACACCUUGUAAAGCCGACAAAGCGAUUACUGCUUUUUCCCUGCAAAUAGCUUGUCCUGGGUAUGACUUGAAAUAUCUCAGCCCCAUCUCCCACAGUGCUGGCAAGUUAUACCUAUAACUCUUAACUUGGUUGACAUACACUGUAUUCAAAUGGUGUAACCACUGCAGUGGCUGGGUAGUUGCCUAGGCGAUAAUAUUAAGUGUGUUGUACAAAAGGGAUUUAUGGUUAUAAGUUUAUUAAAAGGAAUUUAUCGUUAAAGAAGGAACAAUUUCAACACAAGCUGUCUAGUAGUAGUAAUGCAAGAGCUGGCAGAAAUGUUUCUGUUAUUAUUUCCCAAACAGGAGCAACAAUAUCCUGUCCACUUCAUUCAGCGGACUUUCUUGAUAACAUCGAACAAAUCAUGUCAAACAAAUUUCAUGCAAAGACAGAGCAAGAAUGCAGAGACCCUGACUGUAAGUACAUUGCUGCUUUUAUCUCUGUGUAGAAAAAAAGUAUAUAUAGGACAUGUGUUUGACCAGUGUCAGAUCUAAUUCAAAAGAAAGUAUUUCAUAACAGUGCAAGGGCUUUUUAAUUACUAAUUUUGAGACCACGUUUUACUUUGAAAGGUCUCUAUGACAAGUCUUUUACCACAGGAAACCCAAGUUAGAAAGUGAUAUUUCACGGUGUGACCUUUUGAUGAAAGUGUUGUUGGGUUUAAUAUUCCUGUGUGUAUUGGUUGCCUGAGCGAUACUAGCAUCCUAGCAGUGGUAGUAUCUUCUAAACUUCAACAGAGACUUGGGUAAACAUUCCUUAGCAAGCAUCUCAAACAACCUAAUAAGGAAACACCAUUCGCCGGGUCUGUGGUUACUAGAUACAGAGCCAAACAACAUUUAGUGCCUAAAUCGUAUGAUUUCGUGUUUAGAUAACCAUUCCUACUGAAUUUAUAAUGAUGCAGUAAUUUACUAGACCAUGUUGUUGUUACUCUUUAGUUUUAGUGGGAGCUUUCCAGUGGCUUGUGUGCUAUCUGUUAAAAGAGAGUGCUGCCAGGCUUAGACAACAGUUGAGAAAUGGAAAGGUACUGGUGAUUUUUGAACCCUUCUGCUCUGAAUAGUGUUGCUUAGAUGAAAUCUCAAAGCAAAUCCUGCAUGGUCUGAAAAAGAAAGUUAUGUGGGGAAUAUUUUUCAAAAGUCCAGAUAAGGCUAUAUCAAUGACCUGGCCUGUUUUGUGAACUCCUGAAUUACAUUGGAUCACACAAGUUUUUAAAACUGAAAUAGUUGUAGGGUUUGUAAAUUAUUAGGUACUCUGAGGGAUGGGUCACACUUCCAUGUGGAUUAGUGGUUGAUAUAAGGUUGUUUCAGACUUACCUCUAAUUUAUUGAGGCAGUGGCACAAAUCUUUGUCACACUUUCCUCCAAUGCAAAAUUGAAGCAGUUGUAAAGUAACAGUGAUGUCUAUAACUGAAGCCAGCUGCCUAUGCAUGGUCUUUGUCAACCUGUUGAUAAUAAAUACUUUUGGUGCUUUUUCAGGACCCUUUUACUGCGAGGAAUGACAGUCAGGUGUUUUACUGCAGAUCAUUAGCACUUGCUUACAUUGAGGUAAUCCUUUGAAUGCAUUCCCCACCCCUCCCCCUCUCACUUUUCGUGUCAAAACCAGAUUCCUCUGUUAUUCUUGUGCAGCUAAACAGUUGACCUGGAGAUUGUUGUAUUGAGGCAUAAGCUCGUUGAUCGCCUAAAUUUUAGCUAUUAACAAAAGACCCCCUUAGCCAGUAUCUGCAAACACAUUUUUCAAGCACACUAUGGGAAGGAAAAGAUAACUGUGGGACAAUCCAUAUAACUUGUUAUCAUUUCAAGGGCAUGGAAAAAAAACCCUCUGUUGCAGUAGAAUUUUGACCAAGAUCUACUUUGCACAAAAAGAACAAUCUUGCUCUUGUAGCAGUCUAAGUAUCCAUUCCAUAGCUUUUCUAAUUUUCUAAUUUCAGUGCACAGUUUUACAGAGGUUCAAAGAAGCAAUUUUCGAUGAAGAGGAGACUCCCCAAGCCCUGAAACCAGUUCUUCUUAAACUAUGUUCCUUGUAUGGUCUGUGGUCAUUGGAGACACAUCUCACUACUCUAUAUCAAGGUCAGUUUAUUACAAGUGGUGACUGCUGACUGAAUAAAACCCAGUCUUGUUGCUUUACGUAUCAGGCCUUCCUAGGAAAGAACCCUACUGUGGAAGCAAUGAGCCCCUUUCUCUCUCACCUCCCCCCAAAUGGGACGCUUCUGCAUUGCAAGAUUAACCCCACCCUGUUGAUAUUGGCGUUUCCCAUGAGAAAUAGUGGAGAGAAUUUAACAAUCGUCAAAUUUUAUCCAUGGUGAUCAUUUUCUUUAUUCUCAAGACCUCAACGUUUGACUGAAGAGUGCUAUAAUCAGGAGAAUUUAGGUUCUUUCCACUAUAUCCCUUCCACUCCCAGAGUGACUGACAGAAGUCGUUUGAGGUGGUUGUUAACUUUCUGUAUUCGUUUUAUAGCAUUUUGCAACCAGUAAUUUGGAAAUUUUGUUGGAUUUUAACUUUUGUGAAUUUUGGCUACCUUUGGGAAUCAAAAGAUGUCCCCUAAAAAUGAUCUUUAAAAUGUUUGUUCAUAUCUACGUACUAAUUCGCUCUAUACUUAAAAGUCUUUUUUUUUAUAUCUUGAGAGGGCCCUUUCAUCAUUUGGCCUGGUAUUUGUAUUAAGCUGCAUUAUCCACUCUUCUAACCGUCGGGCAGUCUCAGUACAAUAAACCAGGGGCUCAGAUGGUAACCCAUUAUACCCACUAAUAUUGUAACGGCACCUAUAUCUACCAGUGUGUGUCUAAGAUCAGGGAGUUCUAGCAGGUGGCCUUACAAGUUUUUUCAAAUUUUGUUAGUGUUAAAUAUUUUAAAUGUAGCUAUUUUAUUUAUCACGGCUAACCAUCCUACAAUUUUUCCGACUGCAAAAGGGACAAUAAACCGAAGUAGUAUUUUUUUAUUUAGAUCGUAAGUCUGUAACUUACAGUACAAUAACCAGGGCUAGUGGAAUUGUAACGGCACCCUGUGUGCCUUAGUUUUUUUCGUAAAAAUUUUCUUUGUUGUAACGCAUUUUACGUGCGAUUUUAGUACGUCACGUGAUUUUUAAAACUCACAAAAAACUUUUUUCAAAAAGGUAACCAUCUCAAGAAACGUCUUCGUUGCUGUUGAACUCAGAACCCACCAAAGCGUUCGCCCCAACACGUCCUACAACGGGAUCGCUGUAAGAGUUGGCCAAUAAAAAAGUAAGCCUUGCGGAAUCUGUGAGCUAUUUUAGUUUUCUUAGUCACGAAUCUCACCGCCACCGGAGCUGGGGCCUGUUUCUCGAAAGUCCCGGUAACGUUUUGGGCCUGAAAAGCUAUUUUAAAUUUGCCAUGUUUGUAUUCAAGAUCAAAGUUUCAUUAAUUUUGAAAAUGAGACAAAGAAACUAUCAGUUUAGUGUCCACAAUUAGCUUUUAGCUAAAUACCUUGACACUUUAAUAACGUUUAUGUAUGUAUGUAUGUAGCUGAUGAAGCAAAUUAACCAGUUUGUGAGCUAGGAACUGUGCUACUAUUCAACAGGUUUUGAUUUUAAAGUUUGUCUUCGGGCCCGAAAAGUUACCGGGAAUUUCGAGGAACGGGCCCCCGACGCCGCUACAGGAAUGUUUGCUAAAUAUCUUGUUGGCCUAGAUUGGAUUCACGUUUUCAUAUAACACUGCAACCCACGCUAUUAAAACUAGCUAAUCCGGCUUUGUAAGCUUUUCGGUUUUAAUUGCAAAGCUGUUUAUCUGCAGGUGGAUUCUGUAGGUCAGUGAAUGAUGCCAGGAUUGUGAGAGGAGCUAUCCUGUCACUUUGUUUCGAGGUAGGUUUUUAGUAAUCAUUCCCCAAUACAACGUCAAGCUGCAGCCAUUUAAGAAAUAUUAUUAGUUGAACUAGCGAUGCUGCGAUGGCAGCAAUCCCAGCGUCAAAGGCUGUUUUACUCUGGCCAAGGUUUCUGAAGAGGAGUACGUUUAAUGUUACUUUAGUUUCCCAGAUUACAUUCUACAUGGCUUCUUAGCCCGAGCAAGCUCUGAACGGUACGUCGUUUGCAUAGUGUUCAUCGUUGAUUUUGAAAGCAGAGAAUGAGUAGGAAGAGCUAAAAUUGCGAUCAGGAGAAUGAGAAUAAGGCUGAAAGAACGAAGUGGAGAAGGAGGAGGGUAAAGCACCGAUCGCAUCCCCACCAGAAAACCUACACCCAGACUAAUGGGUUCCACAAAACCAUUUAAUCACUACUUUGUUUUAAUGUUACAACAUACUGAAAGUUAUGGUCAUAGUUAUAGUUAUAAGGAAGACUUAUUUUGCUCGCCUUCUUAAAACUAUCGAUUAAUCGAAAUCGGGCGACUGAAAAAUGUAAAUGUACCCCUACCCUUUUCUACCACGUGAUGUCACCCAAUGCGAUGUCAUUUGCAAGAGUAGCAGGAGCAGAUCUCAUGAUCUUAAUGUUAUCAUGUUCGGUUCUUUUUCGUUUGUUAGUUGAAAGGCGAGGCAGUAGCUCUAGUAGACGCUUUAGCUCCUCCUGAUUUUGUCCUUAAUUCACCGAUCGGUCAUAGUAAUGGAAAGGUAAGCUAACUUUACAGCUAUACAGUAUAUCCGACUAACUGUGGUCGGAUCAGUAAAGGUUUUUUUAAUUUUAACUUUUUUGUAAGUGUAACGGUCAAUGGAAAAUAUAUGCUGCAGACCGUAAUUUCCGAGUUGUCGCGUAUUACGAUCUAGAGCUCUGAAUGUUUGGUCGUAAAUUUGUGCAUGGUUAUUGCUGCAGCUUUAAAUACACGUGACAUUCAUUGUCGCUCGCUGAGUAUGUCUGCUUUUUUGCCUUUGCCUCGGCUGUUGAAGGCCGUUGAGCGUACUCUUAACAAAUGGCCGGCCCUGAUUGGAAACGACAAUUAUAACACUGUUACAAUGUAUAACUACUUAACUACUUAGUAUAACUUUGUUGUAUUAGUGUUGUGCGCAACGCAGAGGUGUUUUUGCCAGCACCAACAAAAUUGCCAUGAAACAGAAAGUUAAAAAAGAGAGAGAGAGAAAGCAAACCAACAAAACUAACGUCGCAAAAACAGCAUUUUGUACCUCGUCGUCGAACAGGCGGAGCUGUUUUUCAAUCAUUGCCUUUAGGCUAAAAGUAUUACUUGUUGCUUUUCCCAGGCUCACGAGAACUUAUACGAAGCGAUUAUGCAGAACCCCGGAAACCUAGAGCGAGUUUCUUGGUGGAAGGAAUGUCGUCAAAUUCCAGUCAUCCGGGAACGAAGCAAAUUGUAAAAAAUUCUUCCCGCUCUCAAAUACGUCACACAUCUCUAGUCACGUGUUGAGUGACUGGACUCAACACAUGACUCAGCACGUACUGCCUAUCCUGUCUUCCAAUGUUGCUCACUUCUUGAGUUACCUACCCAAAGGAAGUUUCAUGUCAUUUGGUAGAGCUUCGCAGCGGCAGCAACAUUGAGCCUCAGUAAGACCUUGAAUUUUUCCCCUGACUACUGAUUUCUAUUUGCACAAUUAAUGUGGAUCAUGAACGCCUUUCCUCGCAUAUCUAUUGUUUAUAUUUGAUUUUAUUCUUAUGCAGUAUUUAUUGUUAUCACAUUCGUUCUUAUAUCUGUGAAGCACCAAAUACUUUCAGGAAGAUUUAAACUUAAAAGGUUAAGGAUGAAAUCCUCAAGUGUUACUUCUAAAGUUUUGUAGUUAGAACAUUGAACACGAAGCGUCAAACGCACGAAAAAUAAAUAAAGAUAAGUGUUAUAAGUGUUAGGUUUUACACAGGUCCGUCCUAUGAAGCUCUUUCGUGAAUUUGCAAAGCGCAAGGUGAAUAGCCUAUUUAUGGUUUGAUGUGUGUUACCAACAGUAGUUUACUCUUGGUGCGUUUGAGCAUUCCCCCUUUAGCCUGCGUAAUUGGCGUCGAAAGGGGUAGGGGAUCGGGGACUGUCGGGGAUCGGGAGGAAGGGAAAAAGGAAUGGGGAUCGGGAUUUAGGAGAGGCUUGCCUUAAGGGUCCCCAAUGGGUUUUUCGGGAUCCGGGAUUUCCCGUAUUUGAAUCUCGGGAUUCAGGAUUUUUUAAGCAAAAUGGGGGUGAGAUACGGCCGGAUUGAAAGUAUCGCGGUGAGUAGGAUGCCAAAAAAGAAAACAUCGGGAUUACGGGAUUGCACGAAAUUUGGGAUAGCCAUUGCGGGAUUGAAGAAUCCUCUUGGGGAUCUUCAGUGUUUUGCCUCUUUUAUUUUCCAUGAAGAAAGGUAAAGGAUGUUAGGUAUACAUCCUCUAUGGGGCUCUUUUCGAGCAGUUUCGUUAAUCAGUUCCAGGCAGUUUGAAUUUCAGAUCUACAAACUUUUGGCCUGUAGAGUUGUGAAACUUAGAAGCCUCAUAAAAUCUUCUGACUGUGCACUCUUUCUUGAUAAAGACCAUUAAAAGUUAAUUUUAGAGAAAUAGCAGUAUCACGAAGCCUGUUAUUUAAAAAAGGCAUUGAUUUUAAGCGACAAGUGUAUAUAUUUGCGCAAAUACUUCUUGCCAUUAUUAUGCUCAGUAUGGGAUAUAAUAUUAUUAUGAUAAUUACGGAAGUGUUUGUAUCGGAGCCCUUGGGCUCUUGGUUGUAUUGAUUUUACUCUUUUAGUUUAUAAAAAGAACGUAAAAUCUAUAUCUAAGCUUAAAGGUUGAUGUAAACUGAGGGUUCCAUCGUAGAAUCGCUCAGUAAAGCUAUCGGAUUAGCCAAAGUUGGACUCCAUCUUCGAUAUAAGAAAACGACUUUAACCAGCCUAGCGGCCGAAGAUAGAGUUUGUCCAGCAUCUGUGAGAUUUUGCAACGACCAGUAAACCAAGUUAAAUAACUAUAAUAU